UCUAGCUGAAAUAAAUUAUUUAGGUGCACCGUUUCUGUCGCUCUGGUUUUAGCCGCGCGUCUUGUAUAGCGGGUAUCAAACGGGUGUCGAACUUGACCUGUCACUAUCAUCAGCUUGAUACGAGGGCCCUGAUCGCCAGCUCGCUGCUGUGUUCUGCCUGGCAUACUUGAAUUGAUCGAAUUUAAAGAAAAGGAAACUCCCGUGGCAACAGGACCAUGCUUCGCUUCCUGGCUGUGUCCCUGCUUGUGCUCUUCUACACUGUGCCAAUGCAGUGCGCUACAAGUACAACCUCUCAGGCCUGCGAAACAAAGCUCUGCACCGAGGACUGCGCAGAGCGCCACGGAUACCCGAUAAACGUCACCGUGGUUGGGACGUGCGAGAACGACACUUGCCGGUGCAAUUUCUACAAUUACUGCGAAGAAAAAACGUGCGCUGACGUCUGUCUCAAGGACUAUGGUCACAAGAAAAACUUGACGUCGUUAUGCAAACGCAGGAUGUGCUACUGCUACUGGCAUAAGCAAUGCGUGCAACCUGAAUGUGUGCCCUUGUGCGACGAGCGACACCCGGACAAGGAAGUCAUCGACGUGUACUGCAAGACUGACGUCUGUGUCUGCAAGUGGCGCGAAGGGGCGACAAGAACCUUGAAGCCAGGCGCGGCUCCUGUGGGUGGCCUUGAGGUCGAGAUGGAGCAUCCGCUCCGCGGAAGUCACGCGAUCUUCGUCGAUGUGGAGAGUCGCGAGGUCAAGAAAAAGUCGGCCACAUCGUGACACGCACCCAGCACGGCUUUCACUCGCGAUUCCAGACUCAUCCGAGUGAAUCAACGUUACUUUCAAUAAUAAUUUUU